AGGUCACAAAUUUCUUGGUGAACUGCUUGAGGAUGGUGAGGAUUAUCAUAAAGCUUUGGAGUCCUAUAAAAGGUUAUACUGUACAUCUAAAGCUCAUGUUACACAAGGCAAUUUUUGCUGCAACGUGCAAAGCAAUUUCUGAUACAAAGCCGUGUUAACUAAAAAGUAAUCUCGUAGAGAAACUGUGAGCAUGUCCUUCCUCUGACUUUACUUCCCUUCAUAUAACAUCUGUUAAAGAAUGAAAAAUGAAAGAAAUAUUGUCGGUAUAGAGUUGCAAGCGGUCACAUUUUCUCUGCUACUAUUUAGACUAGAGACUCUCUGCUAAUAUACCUUCGCCAGCGAAUUGAGUUAUGUAAUAGUAUCAUGCAUAAAUUAUACAAAGGGCUAAUUACGCAUUCAGUUUCCUCUGCCUGGCAAAUCAAGACAAACUUUUGCUAAUUUCUCAUCCAAUUUUUAUCCAAAUUUGACCAACAUUUAAUCAAUUUGUCCUUGGACAAUGUCCGUUACUCGCACAAAUUUCGUAUUAAUACGUGAAAUUAAGACAGAUAAACAGACAGACAGACAGAGAAGUUGAUAGAUAUAUACAAACAAACACGGAUGAAAACAUAACCUACAGUAGGUUAGAACUUAAUUGAACACGCUUUCGUUGGUAGGGAUACAACUACCUGAAAAUAUAUACAGAGAAUUUCGACGUUUCGAGCGAAGGCCCUUCGUCUGGAGUUACUCAGGCCUUCGCUCGAAAUGUCGAAAUUCUCCUUAUAUUUCAGGUAGUUGCAUCCCCACCAACGAAAGCUUGUUCAUUUUAUAUAUUGGCACUGCCUACACUUUUCCUUGCAGGAAAAAUUCCCUCGUGUAACAUCACUGUAACUGUUGUAUAGAUAAUAUUUCCAACAAGUCCAUGAAUCACUCUGAAAAAAUAUUACAAUGAUUCAUGGGAAUACUCCAACAGAACAUAAGGAUGUAAAGCCCCGUGGGAAUGCUCUGAAUAUUGAUAACAGGUUUCUGAUUGUGUCGAAAUUUGACGAACUGUAUGUUAAGGAUUUUUCAUUUGAAAUUUAGCAUAAACUUUAGGAAGUGUAUGGUUGUUUCACUAUUCCAGAGCUAUGUUACAAUAAAUAAAUAUACGUAAACAUUUGCACAUUGUAACAAUACUUGUCUUUUCAUUUAGAUCAUUUGCAAUAAACAAUGAUCAGAGUGAUGUUCUUCUUAAGAGUAAGUUGAGAUGACACAUUGUACAAUUUUUUUAUAUGUAGAUACUUUUGUAGAUAUUCAUAUACCGUUAAUUUAAUCUUACCUAUUGAAUGUAAACAUAAUAUGGACCUUGUAUAUCAUAGUCACCUAGUUUAUAUGUCUGUAAGAUUUGACGUAUUUCAACUCUUGUAGUUGCAAAGUCCUUAAUCUUUAAUAAAACACAUUCACAUUCCCAACAAUUUGAUAAUAAAGAAAUAUGGAAUGUUGCAAUUAAGGAGUGGUUGAAAAUGGGAAGAAUUCAUCUCUUGUGAAAAACGACACAUGAUCAUAAAGGAUUCAAAUUGAUAUUCCAGGACAAUUGCGAGGGAUACAACUAUACCUGAAAAAAGCAGCGGAAUUUCGAUGUUUCGAGCGAAGGCUCUUCGUUGGGAAGUAACCGCGUCGGUACGUAGAACCCUAUAAGUUCCCGAGCCUUCGUUCGAAAUGUUGAAGUUCCGCUUUUCAGGUAGUUGUAAAUAAUAUCUCUCAACACGCAGCUUUAUCGUCGCUCCCUACACACACCGUUCGAGUUGAUAAUAAUAAUUUCCCAUGUUUUCCAAACCAUAGUUAGAUCAUGGCAUUUGGAAAUACAAGAUCCCAAACGAAAACUCCACAUAUAGCGAUUAUUUCUUCCAGCUUGAUUUACCCAUUAAGUUGCACGAUGCCCCCAGUGUGCCCUACUUAAUUAUUUUACACUAUAACGCCAGACAAUUGUAUUCAUCAAAGGGAGAGCGCUGGCGUUAAGUGGCUUAACUAUAACUGUGUUGUAUUUAUUAACAGUUGUCAAACUUUACACUGAACUAAAGAUUGAUCCUGAAAUUGCCAAGGUAUUCAUACUAGCAGUAGUUCAUAUUUCUUCAUAACUAAAAUAUGAUAUUCAGAGUGCAUAAGUGUGAAACGACACAGCAUUUAAUUUCACUUGUUUUUAAAUAGCUGGCAGUAUAUUGCUUUAUGGUUGUAAAAUAAAAUAAUAAAUAAAAUAAAGUUUAUGAUUGUAAAUUAAAUAUGGCAGUAUAUUGCUUUAUGAUUGUAUGUAUCUUACUGUACUAAUCUUAUCUAGGACACUUGUACUAAACAUGUACUAAACAAAAUGUACUAAACAUUCACAAUCUCAAUAAAAAAUUUAGCCUGUUCAGUUUACAGUAGAUAUUGAAAAGAAUCAAAGAAUGUUUUUUAAAAAUGUUUCUUAAAGGUUAGACAGAUCAUUUAAAAUGAUUAGUAAGAAUGUCAAAUAAAUAUUUUACUGUAGGCCUGGGCGGACCACGCGAGUAAACGAAUACCUGGACACCCGGCGAUUUUUGACUUGCAAGUAUGUUUCUCAGUUUCUGUUUUGGACAUAUAUGAUAUUUAGCAUCCAAAUAAUGUUUUAUAUUUAUAUAUUUAUAUAUUAUUUCUAUAUUGUGUAUUUAUACUUUUGUGCUAUAAUAUAUUUUUAGGUUCAUUUAAUUGAGUUGAAGAGACCUUUUGAUUAUGAUGAGUUGAUCAACUUGAUUGCAGAGGAGUUGGUAAUGUGACUUGAUGGAGAAUUAUUGUUAAACGAUUUCUAGGCAAUAGUAAAAAUUACACAAAAUUAUUUCCUCUACAUGUGUUUAGACUCAGCGCCCACAUGAUGGUUGUGUACAUGCUAAAUUGGUUGAGACAUACAUGGAAAUGGGUAAUGACAACAUUUUGGUCACUACAUAUAAAAUAGAUAUAAUUUCAGUGUGUACAUAAGAUCAUUCUAGUUGCAAAAUUCUUUGAAUGAAGAUUAUUUUUAGUGAAAUUUUAGAUUUUAAUCUUAUUAUGCUGUAGACACAUUUGUGCAUGUCGGGGAAAGUUUGUUUAAGGUUACAGAACACCUUUGAGUGUUAAUUUUGCCUAAAAUUUUUUUAUUGGUUUCCAUGAAAGAAUUAGACUGGUCCUACUAUCUGACCAAGUUUGAACGAAAAAUGUUGAAAACUCGCAGAGUUAUUUAAUAAAAUACAUUUCGCUGUAAUAAGAAAAACAUUGAAAAUGUAAUAUUCAAAUUCAAUUUUCUCCCGAAGAAUUUUACGGUAAUUACUGAUUUUCAAACGAGUUGUUCUCCUGCGGGUUUUAACGAAUUGUUCUCAAAUUUUCACAGGACAUAGCUAAAGACGUCAGUUUCAAAAUUGUGUUCGGCUUUGUUCUAAUUUUGGAUAUUUUAAUAAUAAGGAGCAAUUCACUCAAACGAUUCAGAAAUAUAUUGCGGUCGUCAAAGAAAUCGCCAUAUCAGCGGAAUGACGAACUAAACAAAAAUUUCCGAACACAAUUCUUUAGAACAACUAUUCUACUGUAUAAAAAUGAUAUUUUCAUAAAUAUAUCUUAAAACCAGCAGGAACACAACUCAAAAGGGUAAAGGUACCGCGAUUUAAGAUUUUCCUGAAUAAUUCUUACGUUAUUUUAUUGUUUUUCAAUUUUUUUGCAUGCACUGGCUAACAUUUGGUGAAUUUGAUGACUGAUUUUGAGCGCGCAGUAGCGAUUUUCCGCAAAACGCCAAAAAGGGUGUCCUGUAACCUUAACUGCAGGAACUUCAUAAAGCAGAAGACGUUACAGGAACUUCAUAAAACAGAAGAAUCAAAAAUGAAAUUUUCAAAGCAUGACCAUCUUAGCAGGUCUAGCAAUAUCUUCAACAAGCCUGGAAAAAGAAAGUUCUCUUCCUGGCCGCAAAAUCGAAAAAUUUCCUGUAUAAGUCCAAUAUGAAACUUCCUGCAUAUGUGUAGAUUUCAGAGAACGUGUGGUGCGAAUGUGAUAAACUUCAAUCUCGGUACAAAUUCUUGCAAAUUUUUAAACAAUGAGUAGAUUAUAUCAGAUUACAUGGCAUUCUAGUAUAUAAAUAACAAAAAAUUCCCUGCAAGGGAAAGAAAAUUUCUUGUGAAGAUAUUUUGUUAAAAAGUUCCUGGCAGUGGUGCUGCAGGCGCUACCGGACACUUUCCAUCCAGCUCUGAUGUUCAAUAACCAAAGUAUGAACCGUGCGCAUGUUUUUGAUGUCUUUGAAUGACGAAUAUUUAUUCUGUUUUCAGACCAUGUUGACGAUGCUUACGAUCAUUGCGUAUCAGUGAACAAAACAAAAGCAUUUCACAAAAAUGUGUCAUGGUUUGUCUUGACUGUUGGUGUGUUAGAGGUGAUACAUUAUUUGUAUUUAAGACCGCGUUUAGAACAGUGAGCAGACUGAGCUCUCUCUCAAAAUAUAUAUCUGGAGUAAGAACUUGAGUCAUCCGGCCCAUGAGAAAAGUGAAGUCAUGCAAGAUGGCGGCCAUUCACGUAGUCUGAAGGUCGUAAACACUUUUCAUAUCAUUUUUCCCAGCUAAAUCCAUUUUUUUCUAAUGGACCGUAUCGCUAAACAAAUUAUCAGUUCAUAAAACCAUAGUGUUAUUCUUUAAAUCGAUAUCAAAAUACGAAAUUUCGGUACACUCCUUGCCAGCUUCGUGUCAACCGCGCAGACAAAAACAAUAGAAAGGGACUGGAACUGACAUCCAAUAACUCUUCAAUUUCCGCCAUCUUGGCUUCACUUUUUGCACUCGAGUUCUCGCUCCAGACAUAUAUAUAUUUAUAGAGCUCACUGGUUUACAAGAAAUGCACAAUGAUAUUCUCGUUGAAUUUUGAACGUUACUUAAUGUUUGUAAUGCAACCCGUGUUUGUCAUUUCUUUUCACCAUAUUCUUAUUUGGUCUAUUUAUUUAGCGAUAUCUGAAUUUGAGAGAGAGACAAGGUACUAACAAUGAAUAUAUGUACAUACAGUAUAAUUACGAUUAUUUCAACUACACAAACAAGCCCGCAAACCAGGCUCUCUACUUCCGCUUCCCCUCUCAAACACGCUGUAGUACCUGGAAGUAGAAAGCCUGGCAUGCGAGGUUGGUACACAACAAUUUCGAAUAAAGAUUUCAACUUUUGGCUUUGUUUUAGUCACCGAAUUCCCAUACUACUUUUAUUUUAAUCCGAAAACAUGAUCGAAUCAUCCCUGACAGACAAUAAUGUACAAGGAUGUACAAUCGUGUACUACAUCAAUGUAUAAUGAUGUACAUUGACGUUGAACGAUGUACAACAAAGUACAGUAGUAAGUGUACAACAAUGUACAACUUGAUGGAUUACAGAAUCAAAAAACCUGAAAAAUAUAACAAGACUUCGAUGUUUCCAGCGGUUAAUAGGGACCUUUAGCGAAUAGGUGACGGCAACGCGACGACGACGGCCAAAAUAAACUCGUUCGAAUAAGUAACUUUAAGAUCAACAUGUCUUGUACUCUCCGUUGUAUGAAUUUAUUGCAAUUUAAGAAGGUUAAGACAGAGGUUUAUAGUUGAGAAGACUUCUACUUAGCCAAUUUGGGGAGGACGGCUUCUCGCGGCUUGAAAGGCAGACGUUGUGUACAAAACGUGAAAAUCUUUGGUUUGCUGUUGUAAACAGCAAGGACGACGUCUAAAACUCCCAAGGGACCUUUAAUUAUGCAUUUUCUUUCUACACUGUCAUAAGUUUCAUUGUAUUAAUAUCCGUCGCCGUCCUGCUAGCUAAAGGUCCCUACUGACUCUCAGACGAAGGACCUUGGCUUGAAACAUGGACGUUCUUGUUAUAUAGUUUGAUCUUGUCAAGCCUGCACUGGAGCCCAACAUUCAACAUAUUGAUGAACGACCGAUUUUUAGCUCAGCUCGCAUAAAAAAUAAUAAACAACGACGUCAACGUCAAUGGAUCUCACGCCAUCCUGCAGUUUCUCUGCUUAAAACAUUAAUUGUACUUUCUAAUUAAACUGUGAAAAAUUAAAUCUUGUAGAUUUGCAAUUUAUUUCGCGGGCUUCAUAUAUACGGGAAGGUUCAACCAUCAACGUUGUAUUCUUGUUUUCAGUGAAAAACCAUUCUCCAAUGUCAAGACAAAGUAUUUUACAAGAGAUUUACAUUGCUCUACUGACUUCAUAUUGCAAUAUGGUUGAACUCAAUCUAACCCACUCUACUCUGAGGAAAUCCUCUACAUCACUGCUGAGGUACACUGUUCUUAGUUUUUUCCAUUAUAUCUUUUAGUACACAAACGGCACCUCCAAAACGGUACCUCCAAACACGAAUACUCUGCCGUUUAGUACAGAUUAAUUUAUGUUGUGAGAUAUUUGCGGGAAUGCGAGCCUGUAUGUCAGAUGUAUACGAUGUUCUUUCUGCAUGCUGUUGUACAGCUGAACUUAUAAUUUAUACGGAGACUCCAUUCAGUAGGCAUUUCUUUUUAAUGGACAUUUGAAACUUCAUGUAGUCCGUUAACAAGUGGUUCGACUUAAAUACUUUACAUGCACGCAGUCUUAAGUACAAUGUUGACGAUGUUGGUCGAAGAUUCUGAACAAAGUCGAACUUGAUCCAACAUCUUCCAUCAUCAGGCAGCCAACAUAGUGUUCAAACCAACCAACAUGUUGCAUCAACAGUGUCGGAUGAUCCCAUUACAUCAAAACGACAAAGAGAAUAAUUUAUUAGUCGCUGGGGCACUCUGUGCCUCCAGCGACUAUAGGUUUCGGCUUCAUCGCGGAUUGUUGGUCACAAAAUGACCUACGUCAUUUUUUUGUCAAACAUUACGUCAUUACUUUCAGUCGCUGGAUUCAAGAUGGCCGCUUACUUGGGAGCGUAUUUGGAAAUAAUUUCAUCGAUUUUGUGCAUAUUUUCUUCAUUUUUUCGAUGAAACUUAAUAGUUUUCCCAUCAGACAGACUUUAUAAACCGAAAGUCAUCUUAUAUGAGUAAACUUGGAAGGAAAUGACAUGUUUAUUUGGAUGUAAAUAGAAUCUGCUUAAUGGACAAGGGUUUAAUAGAGCUUCUUGCCUUGCUGGCAAAUGAUAUUUUAAAAGCUCCCAGGACAGCUGUUAUCUCACAAUAGGUAUUGUACAAUUCAAACACACAGAACAUAUUAAUUUGUAUAAUAGAUAAAUUUGGCAAAGUUAGUUACAUUGUUGCUAUGCAAUUCACAACUUUAAAUAUUCAUGUCUAGUUAGUGUUCUACAGUAGUUCACACAUAGAAUAGAACAGAGUUUACAGAGGUAACUAAGCAUUUGAUAAGCCUUAUACACUAUAAAAGUCAUUUAUUCAUUCAUUCAUGUAGCUAGAUAAUUCUAAUGCUUAGUUAUCUAAUUUGUUCUUCUCUAUGCUUCAGUACACUAGAACAAUGAUACUUAGGGACCGGUCAUUAUUUAUGGUGGGGGGUGGCACCGAAGAGAAAAGGGUUGGGUAAACAAAAUUUUGAGUGAGUAAAAGGUUGGGUAAAUGAAAAACGAAACAACUCAAUGGUUGGGUAAUAAAAAUUUAUUGUCAUUUCCAAAGCAUGACUCACUCAAAUAUUGAUGACUGAAAACUUCAGUGUCAACAGUCAUAUGUCAAUAUACAUUAAUAUGUGAAUCAAUCUAUAUCUUCAUCAUUUUCCGAUUUGUUGGGAGACAAAUGGUUUCUCCAAAGAAAGUAAAUGUGCAGACAACAUGAAACUUUAGACUGCAGAAAAGUCAGUAAAUUUCACAAGCCGAACGUUAUCAAAAUAUCAAACAUUCACAAGGCAAACGUUAUCAAACGUAUCACAGAAGUGGUAAAGGAUUUGUGUCAUGUGUGACAACUGAAUGACAUCCUUUUGUAACGUUUUUGGCCAGGGGUGGGUAUUUAUUUUUUAAAUGAUACUUGAGGUUGGGUAAUCAAAUUUUUGAUAUUUUACUGAAUGGUUGGGUCAGGAAAAUUUUUGCCACGAAAAACAUUUCUCUUCGGUGCCACCCCCCACCAAAAAUAAUGACCGGUCCCUUAGGCAUGUGACUUAUGCAAAGUUGUGAAUUGGAUAUAACCAAACUUAGACAAAUUUGUUUAUCGUCUAUAUAUAGUCGGGGGACUUGUAAUGAACUUUGUUUUAAUUUUUCCUUGAAUCCCAUUUUUGACAAAAACAAUUUCAUUAUAUGAACACAUAAACUUAACAAACAAAUAGCAGUCUCAAUCACAUGCAGCGUAAUAUGCAAUAGCCCCAGCGACUAACGCUCAAUAGAGCGUCUUGUUUAUUUUGUUUCUAUCCGUAUUAUUUCUCCGUUGUUUUCCACAAAAUGCCAUGUUCUUAAUGAGCAUUAUUAUGAUAUCCUUUACACGACUGACGAGGAAGACGUCAGGUAGACGAGACAAUCAUGCUUCGUGUUAGGGAUGUGCCGGAUACUGUUUUGCCCGAUACCAGAUGGUGCCAGAUAGCAGUCUGCCGGAUAAUAACCAGGUACUGAUGGUGGUACUUGGGCACUAGGUCACUCACCCGUUGUCAUAAAAUAUUCCAUUGUCUCUAUUUGUCUGUUUAGUAUAUGGCACAAGGAUCGUAAGACAAUAUACAGCAGAGAGCGGUUUGCAUCACAAAAAAACUGUAAUUUCGUUUUCAUGUCUCAGAUGUCCGGUAGAUUAGUUGUUUGGGUUUCUCAAUAUCUUAACGCAAAACAGACGGUUUUAAUAAGAGUUCCAGGACUAUUUGGUAAAUAAGCGGCGGAUUUUUACCAGAAAGUGCUGGAUGUCUAUAUGUUUUAGCGGAUAUCAGAUGCCAGUGUCUUGAUCCGACACAUCCCUACUUCAUAUAAUCAUCACUGCUGUCAUACUAACCAAUGAAUAUUGCGAUGAAAUGUGCACUCAACCGUAGGAGACUAUCUGAAUGUCAUUUUAUCUUUAGGCUCGAUCAACUACUGUACCAAGCUAUAAAUCUCGACAAUGGUUUAAAUAAUUCAACUGAUCUGAGCGAAGCCAGUGAAUGGGAUGUCGCAGUUACGGAAAUUAGAGCCCAACUAUAUAUGCUCAGUGGUCAUCUACUGCUUCGUCUGGCUAAGGAGGUUUGUUGUUCAACCUGCUGCAUUUUUUCUAAACCGAACAAUAAUUUAUGUAUACUACUUGGACGCACCAAUGUUUACCCAUCACUGUGUUUCUUCAAAUAUUUCAUAACGAGACUGUCUCUAAGCCGCAUUGUUUCAGUUCAACGUGUCAAUAGAUGGAAACGUUGUAAAAUGUUUAUUAGUUAAGCCUGUUGUCUGAUUUACUGAUCACUGUGUUGCUCAUGAAAACGACGUGUCUUUCACUUGCUGUUAUUUAGGGCUACUCAGCCUGGUCGCAAGCAUUAGAAAUGGCUACGGCAUGUUAUGUUACGUCAUAUCGUGUUUCUGAGCCGGAAAUGACGUCACCCUGGGUCGCGAAAGCAACGAGCGAGAGAAACCCCGUUAUGUGGUCCAUUAUGGCUGCCUCGCGUCUCAGCCAAACUGGUGAGGUUUGGAGUAAUUAUUAAUCUCGACGAAUCAACCUGGAAAUCUAUUGUUUUUGCUUUUGGUUGCUCUAUGAUCUCGAGAGUAAUAUAGUAUUAGGGUCAGGUUUUCGUGCACGCGCAGUCAACAACCGAGAAGUUAAUCACAUUAUUUAGUUGACAGAUAUCUACGAACUUACUGUUUGGUGGUUGAACAGCAACAACAACAACAACAACAACAACAACAACAACCACAGUAACACAGUUUUUUUCCGUGCUCUUUCAAAUGAAGCAAUGGGAUUUUUUGUUGCCAAUACCCUUUAAGCGUAUUGUCAGUUGUCUGUUAUUAGAUUAUUCAAUACUAAUAUUAACGUGAUUUAGAUGUAAUUAUUAAGGACUCGCCGUAAUUGGGGACACUGUGGCGAGUAUCUUGGCACUACAUUGUUAUAAUAUAAAUUUAGUAGUUGUCGAACAUUAUUAAAUCAAAUUAAAUCAAAUUAAAAUCAACAACAGCAACCGCAACAGCAACUACAAAAACAACAACAGCAACUACAAAAACAACAACAGCAACAAUGUGACAACAGUCCUUGCAAAUGAAACGUUUGUUACGGAGAAAUAACUUUGUAGUCUUUCCUUUCCAUUCUUUCGUAUGUUUCUACAUCUAUAAACGUUAUAUUUUCAGGUCAUUUAAUCCUUAGUACAUUGGAUCGUUAUGGUGAAGAAAAGAUCAACAGCAUUUUGUUAAACUUAUGUUCACCUCAGGUAUGUUUACUGUCACCAGGCUCGGGUUCUUUAUUACUUGAAGUGUACUUGUUUCAAUAGACCUUUUUAAAAAGUCUGCCUUGUGACGUAGUUUGCGAAUCAAUACGAUCUUUUGGCCAAUCAGGCAAGCCAAAUGGCUGUGCGGGGUUUUCCUUUAUCCACAAACUACGUCAUAAGGCAGACUUUUAAAAAAAAUCUAUUGUCACCGAUUUUCGACUGUUUUAUUUCGCUUAAAAACCAAUACGAGCCGACAAUUUCGAAGAGUAUAAGACAAAACAAAGAUUGGCAUCUGUCGGGAUUAUAGUGCCUUUAAAUUCCUUUGUGAUUACGUCUUGCAAUAGCAGCUUAUACAUUGAUGUUUGUGAUGUUACUCUGAGUGUAUAUCCACACCCGACAAGCUUGAAAAAUAUAACUGGCCACGGUGGGAAUCGAACCUACGACUUUUGGAAUACUAGCCCAAUGCUCUGCCAACUGAGCUACGCGAUCAGUUCGGUAUUCACCUGAGUACACAACACCAACACAGAACAAAUUAUAUAACUAGAUUAGGAACUAGACUCAGUUCCGAAAUAUUACAUACUCGAACCGAACUGACCGCGUAGCUCAGUUGGCAGAACAUUGGGCUAGUAUUCCAGAGGUCGUAGGUUCGAUUCCCACCGUGGCCAGGUAUAUUUUUCAAGCUUGUCCGGUGUGGAUAUACACUCAGGGUAACAUCACAAACAUAAUUUUCACCUGAGUACACAACACCAACACAGACAAAAUUAUGGUGGAUGUAUUGUAAAUUUAGUUAGUCUGAUGAUGACUUUAAUUAAAAUAAUAUCGAAAUAUCACAAACUCGUUCUCGUCUUAUUUCGACUCGUAUCUUGAGUUUCAAGAUGCUAAUCUUCGGAUUGUGUUUUGUCUUAUUUGACUUACUUCAAAACAUCUUUUAACAAGUGUUUUAGGAACUGUUUAUUACCACAUUAUGUUAAUAAUAGUUUAUAUAAUGUGUUUACAUUGUAGGGUCAGGAAGACAUUUUGACUACUUUGUAUGGACAUAAUAACGAUUUUUCCAAGGUAUGUCAGUUGAUAUAUUACAAGAACGCUUAGGAUUUCUAGGGUACAAGUAACAAUUUUCUUCUUUUCUAGUUGUUCUUAAGUGAAGACGAGUCGUUUUUAACACCUGAAUUUUUCAUGCCUGAACAACUUAUGAAAUACGAUGAAGGUAAUUCAUUUAUUAUUCGUUGCCUUUGAAUAUAUCAACUGUGGACACCCGUGUGCACGAGAUGAGCACGAGGUUAGGGUAGGACCACAGAAUAAAGACACACAGAAGGUUGACUCAGCCAGAAAAGUGUAACCGCUGCCACGCCAUUUUCAAUAAGCAUUCACUCCCUGGACUUUCGCCAUUUUCAAUAUUUUCAGGGGGUGAAUGUCUCUUAUAAACGCACUGGCUAGGACCAUGGCGUCAGCAUUGCAAUGGUUACGCCAGAAUCAUAGGCAAAACCAAGAAUAGUCUGUGGUAGGACGCUUUAUUUCAGGCGAGACUGCAUGGUUAGCUAUCUACAGAAACCGACUAUUCAAACUCUGACAUUUCAAAAUUUUUCCGGUAGUAUUCAAACUCUGACAUUUCAAUAUUUUUCCUGUAGUAUUCAUUGCUGAAAACCCAUUAAACCUUGAGCUGAUAGUUUGGAUUGGUCUUCAAUGGUAUCAACACGGUCAGGAGACUGAACCUGGAAGUACGUGAGCUUAUAUAAUUUUCAUCGAAUACAUUGCCAAUGAUUGAUUUAGUUAGAAAGAACACCAGAAACUGCGGAUUGAUAAGGGGGGAUUCAAGUACCUGAAAAAUACAAGUAAAACUUUGAAACGAGCUUUAGUUUGAUUAGAUUUCUAUUUUUGUUCUGCAAUGUGAUUGGUUAGUGUUAUCUAAGUGGCGUUAGUGGCCCCACUUACAGUAGACGCACUGUAAUCCGUUAAACCACCCUAACGUUGAUUGUGUGAUUGAAACCUUGAGACGUCACGUGAGCACAGACUGCUGUGGUUUCCACGACCGAUCAUCAUUUGUUGUAAUUUACUUUUGUGUAGUUGAAAUUUUGGUGAGUCAGUUGUUUGAAGGAUUGCGUAUGGACGUCCAUGAUAUUGCUCAAUGUGUUGCUGAUUUUGUUUGUCUCAGAGAUGUCGAGGUAAAAUAAACUAACAUGUUGAAAUUUCUUUGCGCACACGUGAUUUGAAUAUUUGUUGUACCCAGUUGACUCGAUACCUCGAUUGAUGGAACGUCUUCCCGGUUUUUUGAAAUAUACAAAUAUUCACCCACCCCCCUGGACGUUCACCAUUUUGAAUAUUACCAGGGGGACUGCCUCUCAUAAGCGCACUGACUAGGACUAUGGCGUCAUCAUUUUGAUGACGAAUUGCGGUUACGCCAAAAUCAUAGGAAAACGAAGAAGUCGAUCUUCUGUUUGUCUCUGUUCUGUGGUAGGGAGCUUCAGCAAGCGACUUUUUUGUCAACAUCGCCGAGGGGAUUAAAAAUUGUGUUUGCAAUUGUGUCAGUUUGUGGUAGUCUUCAACACAUAUGAGAGAACAUAAGUGUAGAAAACUUCAUGUUACUUUUAUAUAGUGUCUUGUGAGCACGAGUUCUAGUGAGCGUUUAUAUACGGUGAUGUGAGUUUAUAGUUUAUAUUUAAAUAAAGAACGUUAUCUAAAGUGAAUUAUGAGUCUUAAGGAAACGUAGUGGAUCGAGAGUGCUACGUUUUCGACAAUAAGAUUUUAAAAGUUUUUUGCUUUCUUACACGAACGCUCUGAUGCAAAAUGCCACGAAAAUGUGUUAAUAUUUCAAUUUUCGGGUGAGUUCUGUGUUGACAAAAACGUCGCUUGGUUUAGCUGACUGUGUGAGUACUGUCGUCAUCGACCGUUGAGUUGUCGUCCAGUAUAAAAAACACUUGUUGAGAUCUUUUGUGUGUUUAUUUGUACCUCGGGAGGCAAUCAAUGCGCUCAUUACAAGUCAUUAGUCACGUGCCAGUUCAUCGGCAACAUGUUACACUAGAAUUAAUGCCCCGAGCGAAUUGCAUACAUUAUUCGCUCUGAUAAACGUCGGAACUUUGUUACGAGCCAACAUGGUCACAUUGACCUCACUUGAAAACACUUCAAAAAAACAUUAAUAAUUCAUGAGGAAAACACAUUAAUAAUUCAUGAGGAAAACACAAAGAAAGAUCAUAAGCGUGUCGUAUCUUUAUAUGUGAUAGAGAUUUCCCUUGAUUUACAUCAACUUUAACUUUGAUUUUCUCGACUUACACAACGUAUUUUUUGAAAAUUACUUCGUCAACGAACUUACUACAUCGAUCGUUUUUGAAGCAAUUUAAAACAUUCGCAGUGCGUGUUUUAUCAGACCUAAAGAUACUCGGCUUCGCCUCGUAUCUUUAUAUCUGAUAAAACACUGCUGCUCAUGUUUUACAUACUACAUUGAAGUAGUGUAUUCAUGCUAAAUGCUUAUUCUACACUAGGCGUUUAUUUAUGCUGUGAUAAAAUGCAGCGCUCAUGGAAUAUUUGAAGAUCUUGAUGUGGUGUAUGAAUAUUAUCAACCCAAACUUCUUCCGUUAUGUCUGUGUCCAUCUCUCUGUAUUCCAACACAAACUGACUGGUGGAACGCUGUCUACACACUCUUUACUGGAACUGUAAGGUAAGACUCGUUCCCAGCAGCUUUAUUCUGCUACGCGGUUUUACAAUGACGGAAAUUUUAGCGAAUUGCACCGCAAAGUUAUAGGGUAAUAAACUAAUGAAAAGUUAUAGGAUAAUAAACAAGUUGAGGAAAUAUAUAUAUAUUUGUUAUGAAUAUCAUCUUAAUUAAUGGAUGAAAGUUCAUGAGAAGGGCAGAAGGCUGUUGUGUAUUGGAACAUAUUGCUUAGAUUUUUUACUAUAUUGUAAGAAAUCACCACACUCGUACACUUUUUAAUCCACAUACUGUAGUUGUUAAAUGAGUUGUAUUCAUAUAUAACUGGAGUGGUAUUUUCAGAAGUAGCUAAUACACUAGAUGAAAUCAAUUAUAACAACCGCAUAGAGGAUUUCGUCUUAAUAUCUGCUAGACUGCUAUCUGCCUGUCUUUGACCUUAAUAUCAGGCUGCUGGAGUGCCGCCUGUACUGGUAUAUUGGUAACUUGUGUUACUUGCAUGUUGCAAACAUCACUAGUUCACUACCUACAGCUUAUUAUUCAAUUAUGUCUUUUUUUCUCAUUUUCUUCCUUUCUGUUUUUCCUUUCUUUCUCUUUACUUUUUUUUCUUUUGAGACUUUUAAGUUUUACCCUCCAUUUUUUUCUGCCAACCUCAAAAAUUUUCUGGGACCAAUGGUUCCGCGGUCCGCUAUAUUAUGCAGCCCUGCCGUUUGGCCCAUUUUGCAAUCACAGUAUAGCUUUGUAGCUAGGCGAUACGAAAUUACUCAACUUCUAUCAACAGCAAAUUUUAGAAGUUUGAAAUAAUCAUUAUUCAGCCUUCGUACAACCCGCCCCUGAAGAACGCGAGUUAACCUAUACAUUGAUCCUGAUGAAUGUCGCGUACUAUGAUGUCAAUGUGAAAUGUUCUGGUAUUUUUACUUGUGUUUUUAGUGUUUCAUCUUCUGGAAGAGUCAAGAUGACAGUUCAACGUGGAUUAGAACAAAUACGUACGUUAAAGAACCAAGGAAUGCAUCCAAAACUUGUCAUUCAUUUAGCUACGAAUUUUGGUCAAAAGGUAGAAUGCAUGAUUUUGUCAUUUUUUCCCUGUUGCAAGGCAAUUGGCAAAAAGCUGUUAAUUUCAACGAACAUUUAUUUAAAAAUGUUUUACGAAGAGUUUCAUCUUGAAUUUUACAUUAAAAUGCAAAAGAAUACAAAAUAACGUACAGUGCAUGGUUUCAAAAUAAGCCGUCGCCCGUCGCAUCCGACUGCAACUCUUCCAUUUGCGACGGCUACUUUCUCUUUUGUAAGUAACUAUAAAUUCUAAUUAAGUGUUUACAAAAUGUUUUGUGAGCAAACAAGCGUUAUUUCCCCUGGAAUUUCGUCGAAACAUAGCCACAGUCACAGCUUACUGGAUUAGAAGCUUUGAUACGUACGCGUUUCUUGCGUGUUGAGGACAGGCUCAGAGGUUUUCUUGGUAGCGGUUUCUAACAGGUUGUACUUUAUGUAUAAGAUGUCACACUCGUCUCCAAGAACAAAACAAAAUGGCGGAAAAACGACAAAGAAAGCCAGCGGAGAUGUAGUCGCUAUUGUUAUUGGACGUUGUUGUUAUAGGCAUUAAUUAUAAGAACAUAAAUUUAACAGUGUUUUAGACAUUUAAAAUAUGAUUUUUUGUGUCUCAAAAACAAAUGCUGGAAAAUGCAUCUUCUAGAUUCUAGAAGUUCAAAAUUUUCUGGAAGCAAAUUCAAGCAAUAUCAGGGAAUUUUCCAUACAUAUGUGAUUUUUAUAAAAUAAGAAUACUAAACUCUUUCAGAUCAGUUCACAAUAUAUUUAUAACUUAUAUAGCCAAGUAUUCAAUCUAUUUCUGGUUGGAUUAAACAAAUGACGGGUAAUAAUAGAUUAAUUAAGAGUCGUUUAUUAAGAAACUUUUUUACAGCAACUAGUGAAGUUGAUUGCAUUUCCAGGGGCUCUGGGAGAUCUCAGAUUUCAAAAUUUCCCGGGGGAGCAUGCCCCAGGACCCCCCUAACAAACUCACGCCUUCGGCGUUCGCUAUAGCCCCCCUAAUCCAAAAAUGGCUCUGUGGUCCCUGAGCAUGCCGUCAGAUCCCCCAAGUUGCGAAGUUCGGCUUUCGGUUGCAACUCCUACUCUUCCCAACGCAACGUCUACUAUGAAAAGUUUUGAAACCACUGACGUACCUAUAGCUCCUAUACAUAUUUUAGAAAUUGAUAGUCCUAUAGUUAAAAUUUCAUUUAUUUUUGCCGUUUUGUGCAAAAAAUUAAAAAAUAAUCCUGACGCGACUUUAGUAACAGGACGCGAGCCCGCGUUCAAUGUUGGCUUAAUUAUAGGAAUACUUCAUGUUGAAUCAAUGUUGGCUUAAUUAUAGCUAGGAAUACUUCAUGUUGAAUCAAUGUUGGCUUAAUUAUAGGAAUACUUCAUGUUGAAUCAAUGUUGGCUUAACUAGGAAUACUUCAUGUUGAAUCAAUGUUUGGAAAAUAAAAGCGAGGGGUUGUUGCAUGCAUGUAUUUCUAGUAGGUUAAAACGCACAGACUUAGGGAUCUGUUAUUUCUAGCGCUGUUUGAACUGUACUUAGAAACAGAACUCUAAAUAACGAUGGGAAAUUGAGGGUUGUGAAUGAACGCUCCAGAAUGUAUUAGAGGUUCAGUUGCACAACUAGUGGUACAGUCGGAGUUAAACAGUGAAAGAGGAGUGAUUGGCUCGUGCAUAACUCCCCUGUUUUUGCAAGCACAAUGUUAGCGCAGGCCAUUUCAUUGGUCAUGAUCAUGAUGUUUUGGUGAAAAAGGUGUAAUAUGACCUUUUAUCAAGUUAUAUUGUUUUUAGUAACUCGUAUUUGUUUAACCUCUUUUAUUUUUUGUCGGCCGGUUUAACAUAGUUUUAGUUAAUAUGGUAAAUAUUUUGUUUAGUCUCUUCUCCUAAAAGAUGCUGCUGGUUAUUCACAAUGGUAUUAUUCUACCCACUGGAAGGUAACUGCGCUGUUAAGAAACGAUCGAAUCUAAUUUACACAGUUGCUUUAUUUAAUGGUCAGGAUAAUGAAAUACCUUUGUGAUUUGUUUCAUAAUUUACCGUAUCUUAAUAUAAUGUAGAGUUGCUUUUGAGGGCCACUGGUUUAUCUGUUUUUACUGUUAUGUGGUUUGUACACCCUCUGGAAAUAAAGUUGACAAUAAUAAUAAUAAUUUUCUCUGACAAUUUGUUAGUUUAUAAAGUGUCUUGCCCACUGCUUGUUGCUCUGAACUAUUUAUUUUCUUACUGAUAGAGUUUUCAGUUACGAAGUCUGCAUUACUGGAAUGUUGCUUUGAGUUUAUUCGAAGACAUGAAGAGGUAUGCUGCUUUACAAUUACUUUGUGUGCUUUUAAAUUUCUGUAUGUUUCUAGGAAGCUUGUAUAUCUUGGUUGCCUGCUUAACAUUUUUAUUAAAUUCUAUUUUAGAAACAAAAACCCAGGCUGUCCAAAAGAUCCGCUGUUUCCCCAUAACCUAAAUCAUUUAGAGGUAUUUGUCUGUUUGAUAUGUUAUACGCUUAUUUAUUGAUACCAUUUCAAAAGUAAAUGUUUUGUGUCUUUAAAUUUAGAGUGUUCAAAAUAUUGUUACUAGUGGUAACUUACUAAUUGGAUGUUUACAUGACAUAUUUCUUGGAAUUCUAGGAUCACGAUAUUCACAGAUAUUUCCGUGAAGCGUGUAUGACUCUUGGCGAGGCAGCUGUAGAGAGAGGAGAUCUUGAACAUGCAUUGAAUCUUUUCAGUCGUGUUGAAUCGUCACAUGCUGCCUGGAAUGAAGCUCAGGUAAUGCCAGUUUAAAAAAUAGAAAACAUUUUCCGUGUUUCUAUACAGUUAUACAGUAUACAAUUACAGUAUAGAAACACGCGUGGGAGUUUGGGAGAACGAGAAAUAAUCAGUGGGAAAGCGAGCCCGAAGGCUGUGGGAUAAUAUAACUUCUAUAGAUUUGUGUACAAAUUCACAUUACCUCAGCAUGAAGUCCACUCGAUCGGUUGUCCGGCCUUUGCUAUAAAAUAGUCAAUAUAAAUUAGUUCUCCUUUAUUUAAACUCAGAAUUCGCUUUUUGUUUUGUGGUUCCUUAAUUUGCUUGUCAGAACCAAUAUUAUUACACAUUGUUUUUAUUACAGCGCGUGUUAAAGUUGUUUUGUUUACGUUUAAAAUCAAAGCUACGAGACGAAAAAUUUCCCUCCCGUCCAGCUGUACUGUAGCAACAAGUUUCUCGACCAGGACGCUUCUAUAGUAUAAAGCCCUGUUCUCGACCAAUCAACGCAUAUUGUUAUAUUAUAAUAUAGAUUACUCAAUUGAACAGGCCUAGAAAAAUAUUACCCUGCCAACAAAAUCCAAAACAGAAAUUUCCUGUGUAAACCAAAGUAUAUAACGUCGUAUAUUUAGGUAGAUUUUUCAGACAGAAAACGAACGGUGCCACACAUGGUGGUAAACGUCAAUUUCGACACAUGACAUUUUUUCUAACGGGCCGUAUCGCUAAUCAACUUAUCAGUUCAUUAAACCAUUGUGUUAGUCUUUAAAUCGAAGUCAAAAUACGAAAUUUCGGCACACUCCUUGCAGACCGCGCAGACAAAAACAAUAGAAAGGGACUGAAACUGACGUCCAACAUCUCCAUCUUUGACUUCAUUUUUGGACUCGAGUUCUCACUCCAGAUAUUCAUAUGGAGCUCACGAAUUUGAAAUUUGCGUUUUCUUGUCUAGAUUUUCAAACAUUUAGCAGGACUGGAGUCGCGUAAUGCUGACGUAGAUGAUCGUGCAUAUGAAUCGUACAUACAGUACUUGAAUGAAACCAAGGAUAGACUGUUGUUAUGUCUUGAUAGACUCGAGUAUGACAAGGUAUACUUUCAGUAAUUAAAAUCUGGAAUCCAGUGUAGGUAGUUUAUCAUGCAUUAAGUAGUCUUGGUGGUGUCCCAGCAACCUGAGAAUGGAGGGUUACUUGUCUUCGACAGGUCUCGAUCGUUAAAAGCAGGGACCUAGGUGGGCAGGGCGAGCCAUUUCCCCCACACUUUUUCGAUGCCAUUUUUAAAAAAUAAACUGACUAUGAUAGUCUCCCCCCACUUCCAAACACACAGCACGGUAACCAGAAAGAUACGCUUUAGUGUGUGUAGACCAAUGAGCGUUGUACUGUACGCCUUAUUAUAAGUAUUGUGCUAAAUUAUAGUAACAGUGUAUCAGUGUUGGGCUUUUCAAGUGGUUUCUUAGAAUUGUAAAAGGUACGCACUCCCCCAGCGCCCUACUCCUAGAUUCGUCUAUGAUGUUAUUUCGUCUAGUCGAUCCAUGUGAUAAAUGAGCUUAGGGUCUUGUCAAGCUUCAUGCUAUACCGUCUCUAUUCUCAACCAGCUCUUGUUGUGGCCAACCUCGUACCCAGGCUUCUUUCUUGUGGUCACCACCCUUGCCAUUUAAGCUGGAGAUGGGAGAUCCGGGUUCAAUCCUUGGUCGGACCUCUACUCAAGGUCUUAAAAUAAUUGAGGAGAACGAGCUACCUUUACAUUCACAUCAGUAAAUGGUUAGACUUUCGCAUCUUCUCCGAUAAGGACGUUAAAAUCGUAGGUACUUCAGAUCCCUUAUCAAUUGGGCAAGUCGAAGUUCUCCUUGUAUUUUUCAGGUAGUUGCAUCCAUAUCAGCCGACGUUUCGUUACACCAAUAAGUGAGAAACUCAAUAAACAAAUAAACUCUAAUUACCAGGUUGUUCGUGAUGCCGUUGAAGAAGAGCUUGCUGCGAUAGAAUCUUUAAUGAACGAGAGAAAAUCUUUCUACCAUGUUGACCCGAGUAAGUUCAACUUACAGUGUAUGCUGUUUGAUUCAGUAAUGCGCAUUCUUUCUUAAUUCGUAUGAAUCACUAAUACACUUCUUAAUUUGUAUACCACAUUAUAAAAUACCAUCUUGAAAAUUAGCAGUGAAAAAAUGGGGUAAUCAAACUGUCCAAAAUACAAAUCAAUAGAAAAUUGGAAAUAAUGCAAAUUAUUUGUUCUACUCCAAAAAAUACACUGUAAUGCAUAAAUUUACUCGGUUUCCAACUUCAAGACAACCAUUAAAAUCUAAAGUGACUCGCUACAUCGUGUUUGGCGCAUAAUGUCAAACAUAAUUGAGACGAUUAGUUGGCAGGUACUGUAUGGUUGCUUCAAGGUAACAUUAUUUAUGUGGGAAAUUUCUACUUAAGAUAUUUUUAUUAUUUAAAUAAAGUUGAAAGCGACAUUUACUGGAUGCUUAUUUUGUAUUGAAUCCCUUCUUUUCAGGGAAGAGUAUUGAUUUUCAUCAACUUGAUUUUGACGCACUAAAAAGUCCUGUUUGCUCAGAUAUUACGGAGUCAGGAGAAACAAUGCCUUUAAAGGUAGGGUGUAUAUUGUCUUUUGGAGAGCUUAUAAGGGUAUCAAAACUUACAGUAUACUAAGCCAAAACACUUUGUUGACAGUUUCAAUGUUAAUAGGCCCACGGCUACAUCACAUCCGUUUCAUUUUGUGUUAUACACUGCACAUAUACCUGCAUACAGCGACCAUGCCUUUACUAACAAACAAAUUGCGUGUAUAUGGUCCAAAGACUUUUAUUUAAAUACAAUUUUCUUUUUUGUGGAAACAUCUCAGAUGAAAAGGAUUUUCACCCUGAAUUUAAUUGUUAAUCAAUGAAAGAAACGUAAUUACGUGUGCUUCAUGUAAUAUACUUCAACAGACGCUUCCCCAGUUUGUUCGCUGGCAUUGAAAACUACUAAUUUUCAUUGGAUUGCAUUGCCCACCUCGAUUUCAAGCUAUUGUUGUGCACCGCUGGAUUGAAACAUCAAACUCGAAAUAUUUGGUUCAAACUAAUUAUUGCCGUCCUACAGCCCAGGUUUAAAACCAUUAUGCUCCUCUCAAUUCAGGAAAAUGAUACACGAGAACUGCUGGCGACUGUAAGUGAAGUGACUUUGGAUAAUGGCUUCCUUCGUGAACAGGUUUCCAUUCGGGAUGAACAAGUACUGAGACUAUCUAGACAAGUACAAGAGUUGCAGGUUAGUUCACGUGAAGGUGCAGAGUGUUGUUUAUCCAACUAAUUAAGAAAGCGAUGGUAUUGAUAAAUUGAUGGGGUAUAACUGGCACCCAGGAGUAAACGUUCACAGCUAGUACCAAAGCUCGAUUUAACAGUCGGAUAUCGAAGACAAGAGAGGUUCCACUACCGCUACCUCUCACAGGCUUUAUACCGCGUACUUGAUUGGUUAAUCGGGUAAAUUAAAGGCGUCUGAUUUGUUAAUGGUACCGGUAGUGAAAGUAAAAAAUGAUAUAGAGGUUUGACUUCCACCACUGCUACAGUUAAGCGACCAUUAACCAAUCAGAUGCGUUUGAUAUAUCCGAUUAACCAAUCAGAUGCGUUUGAUAUAUCCGAUUAACCAAUCAAAUGCGUUUGAUAUAUCCGAUCAACCAAUCAGUCAAAUCUGAACCUCUCUAAUAUGAACCUCUGGAUACUGGUUUACAAAAAUAUUCAUAAAUGAAACGACUUACAAUGGCAAAGACAUAUUUUUAUCGAGUUAAUCUCUAAAUUUCUAGUUAUUAGUUUGAUUUUAUAUAUUAUGACGUCGUUUUGCAUGUGUUUUUCUCGAUGUGCAUGCAUCGCCCAGGUUAGGUUUUUCUAAUUUUGUCAAAUUGAAAAUGAAAAAUAUCGGACAGAAACAACAUUUUAACAUGUGAAGUUAACAGUAUUUUAAAAGAGAGACAUGUUAACAAAAGUGUUAAUAAAGUUAACCAUUUAAAUAACGUUUAAAUAAAGUGAACGUUUUAAUAAAGUUGACCGUUGUUUCACUGUAGCCGUUAUUUUAUAAAACAAUUAUGCGACUCGUGUUGUUUUACGCUUUCCGAUAGUCUCGCAAUAUCCUGCGUGCAUGGAUGACGCGGAAAACCAUUUGGUAUUCCUUUAGUCGCACAUUUUGUCCCGUUAAUUUGACAAAAUGCCAGACGGAUUAACAAAACUGUCGGAUAUUUUGUCUGAUCAACUUGAAAGACGUUUUAGCGAGCCUCGUACUACAUAUUAUUAUGCUGUACAUACAGUAAAAGAUAAGGCACAAGUCUAAUUUUUCUGUUUACUUUUCAGGGUAAACUUGCAAGAUACAAAGAAGUCGGAGACACGAGUUCAGUAUCAUUUUCUUGCCCUUCUGAAAGAACACCAAGUCCACUUGAUGAAUCACCCGCAGUUCAUCUUGAGACGGGAGAGAAGUUUACUCGUCAAGGGACAUUUAUAAAUAACAUCGUAGUUCCUACAGAUAGAUAUAAUGAUCCUUCGUUUUUCUCGGGUCUUAGUAACAGCAAUACUCCGGAUAGAAUCCAGACUGUCCUGGACGGAGAGCAGGAGGAUGAGAGUGAGGAAGAAACGGAUGGUGAAGAUAUAUAUUUUGAACCAGUUGUACAACUACCAAGUCAAGUUGAAUUCAGAUCUGGUGAGGAGGAUGAAACGGUUAUCUUUGAAGAAAGAGCAAAACUAUUUCGUUUCCAAGAUGGGGAAUGGAAGGAACGAGGUUUAGGAAAUCUCAAAUUGUUAUGGAACAACACUACUGGUCAAGCAAGGAUCCUCAUGCGGCGUGAAAAAGUUCUAAAGAUUUGUGCCAAUCAUUUUCUUACUCAAGACAUGACAUUGAAAGCUGGUAAAGGUUCAGAUAGAUCUUGGGUUUGGACCACCCUGGCAGAUAUAUCUGACGAUGAAACUAAACCUGAGCAGUUUGCAGCCAAAUUUCAAACAAAAGAAAUUGCAGAGAAAUUUAAAGCAACAUUUGAAGAACUACAACAAAAGAAAGCAUCCUUUGUGCCAGAGUCACCAGCAGUCUCUCCAUUUGCAGCUAAUCCUCUGGCGACAAAACCCACUCCAGAUCACAUGCAGGUGCCAAUGUUAUCUUCAAACCUGCCAUAUUUAUCUUCUACUCCAAAUAAACCAGCUGGGGCAGUGAUGUUUACGAAGUCUGGUUUGCAACCGUUUGCAGAUAGUGGGCAAUCAACAACGUCUUCGGCGGAAACACCUUUUCCUUCUGCCACCAUAGCUGGGACAAGCCCGAAGAGUAGUGGUGUAGCUGAUGCGGCAAAUUUCUGGAAUCAACCUCACAUGUUUCCUGCAAGUCCUAACAUGCCUUAUUUUCAGUCGUACAAAGAUAACAGUAAAGAACCACUUCCUUUUCAAGCACCUCAUCUUGGCUCUGAGCAACCAUUAGCUUCAGCUGCUUUUCAAUCUAACGGUUUAUCCUCGUCCUUACAUCCACAAAACGCAUUUUCUUUCUCCUUUGGAAACAAGCCAGAGGCUUCGGUUUCUCUUGGAAAUGAACAGAUUUCAUCUACUCCGAAUGCGGUCUCUAAGAAUGAAGAUGAAAACGGAUCUACGAAUGGGGUUAUCUUUCGUGGCACUUCGGAGAAAAGCAGUUUAUCUUUCCAGGAUUUGGUGUCAAACAAUGCGUUUACAUCGCCUGGCACAAGCGGAACGGGUUUUACUGGUUUUGGAAAACCGAUCUUCUCAGUCCCAGACAACGAAAGAGAGGAAGAAAAUGAUAUUGAAAACGAGGCAAAUAUUGAUUUUAAACCAAUCGUAUCACUUCCGCUUGUAAAGAAUCAAACCACUGGUGAGGAAGGCGAGCUGACCAGGUUCAGUGAAAGAGCUAAACUAUUCAGAUUUGAUCCAGCGAGCAAAGAAUGGAAGGAACGAGGUUUGGGUGAAAUCAAACUGUUGUACGAUCCUUCUUCUGGCAGAUCUCGCGUGGUCAUGAGGCGAGAACAAGUACACAAACUUUGUGCUAAUCAUUUUGUACACCCAAGUAUGAAGUUAAAAGCAAAUACGACAUCUAACCGUUCAUGGUUAUGGUAUACACAUGCUGAUGUGUCAGAUGGCGAACCUAAAGCUGAACAACUGGCUGUCAAGUUUAAACUAGAAAAAACUGCGUCUGAAUUUAAGAAAGUGUUUGAAGAACUUCAGUCUAUAUCUCCUACAUCUAAAGCUAGUGACCCGGAUGCUGAUCAAGACACGUCUACUACCAUGUCUGUAGCACCGAGCUCUCAAUCCACUGGACCACAAUUUAAUAACGAUCUUAAGCUUCAGUUCCAACCUCCCGCUGGUUCCUGGCCAUGUGACACAUGUUUGGUUCAAAAUUCUCCACAGACUACGCAAUGUGUUGCAUGUCAAACACCUAAACCUGGCUUCUCAAAACAAACUCGACAACCUACGUUUUCGUUUGUCCCACCUUCGAGUUUCUCCUUCGGAUCACCAGCAUCAGGAGGUAAAGCAACGACCACCUCACAGGCAAACGAUAGUGAAAAGCCUGCUUUCAAUUCAGGAUUUACGUUUGGUUCACCAAAUUUCUCCUUUGGAUUACAAGCACCAAAAGAUAAAGCUCCAGAGAGCGACACUUCACAGUCUAGUCCUAAUUCGGGAUUUUUGUUUGGGAGUGGCAAAACUUUGCUCAAUGAAUCAACCUUUGGUGAACAGAAAGCUUACAAACCUCCAUUUGCAUUUCCAAAAUCAGACAACGAUGCUAGUCAAAGAAGCACUUCAAAUGCACUACCUUUCCAGAUUCCUCCAACAUCUCAAGAUACAAACAAUGAAAAUAAUAAAUUUGGUCCCACAGUUACCCCCGUCAAAGAGACGUCUUUGAAAGACUUGCUUACUCAACCUAGUUUACCCGGAAACGAUCUAAAGUUAGCAUUUCAACCUGCUGAAGGAUCAUGGGAAUGUGACACGUGUCUAGUUCGAAAUACGCCUGAAUCGAAUGUUUGUGUAGCAUGUCAGACUACCAGAUCUGGAACACAACCUACAGUCACCAAUCCUGGGUUUAAUUUCAACACUGGUACGACUUCUGGCUUUAGUUUUGGUGCUGGUGAUACAAGCAAAGCUCCUAGUGCAGGAACUGGUUUUAAUUUUGGUUCGGGUGAUGGUAGUAAAGAUUCAGUCAAAGAAACUGGUUUUAGCUUUGGUGGUAGUGAUGUAACUAAAGCUCCAGCAGUUACCAACAAUCUUAAGUUAGCAUUUCAACCUGCUGAAGGAUCAUGGGAAUGUGACACAUGUUUGGUUCGUAAUGUUCCAGAGUCGAGUGCUUGUGUCGCAUGUCAGAGUCCUAAAUCUGGAACACAACCUGCAGUUAGCCAUACUGCGCCUAACACUGAUACACCAUUUGGCUUUAGUUUUUGUCCUCGGGAGCCAACGGAAGGAAGUGGCUUUAGUUUUGGCCCUAGUGAUACAAGUAAACUUUCAAGUGCAGGAACUGGCUUUACUUUUGCUCCUGCAGAUAAAACCGAAGAUCAGAAUAGUGGAACUGGCUUCACUUUUGGCCCAAAUAAAGAUCAAAGUAGUGGAACUGGUUUCACUUUUGGUCCUAAAGAUGGAAAUUUAGGUAAAGGACCUAACUUUAGUUUUAAUCCCAGUGGUGCAAACAAAGAUUCAACUAAAGAAACUGGUUUCAGUUUUGGCCCUAGCGAUGCAAGCAAAGACUCGAACAAAACGACCUUUGAUCCCAACACAACAAAUAAAGAUUCGGACAAAGAGCCACCAAGCUUAUCUACUGAUUCAGCAAAUAUUGGACAACGUAGAACUACCUCUUUUGAUGACGGUGAUACCGACAGUGAAGAAACGACGGAGUCGGAUUCUGAUUCUGAAGCGUCUGAAGAAUACUCCAUCAAUUCUCAUGAAGCAAGCAGAGAAGAUAGCUUUCUAAAAUUACCUACACCAGGAUCAACUAGUCUGUCUGAAAAGGACCUACAGUUGAUUUUAAAACAUCCAGUGGGUUCAUGGGAGUGUGAAACAUGUCUGAUACAAAAUACUGCAGACGUAGUGAGAUGUGUGGCGUGUGAAGCGUCAAAGCCUAGCGCCGGCUUAUCCGGAGAUUCUUCAUCUGGAAAAGAAGCGGACAGUACUGGUUCUACAUUUCAAGACAACUCAUCUUACCCAGGUAAUGAUGAUCUGAAACAGAAGUUUCAAGCACCUGAAGGUUCGUGGGACUGUGACGUUUGUAUGGUAAGAAAUAAUAAACAAAGCCAUAGCUGUGCGGCUUGCCAGACUCCUAAACCUGGCCAAACAAAACAAUCUCUUGAUUCUAACAUAUUUGGUCAAUCAUUUCCUAAUCGGGGAGGGUUUAGUCAUUCAGCUACAACAGAAUCUACACCGAGUGCAGGGUUCACAUUUGGAAAGCCGUUAAGUGGAGGGUUUAUGUUUGAAAAUGAUCCAAAAGACAGCCAGGCAUUUGGAUUUAACUUUAGUGCCCCAACAAACGAGAAAGCCGGUAGCUCAGGAUUUAAUUUCGGUUCUACACCACAAACCGAAGAGACUGGAAAAUCUGGCCCCAUAUUUGGCGAUUCAAAGGGAGAAAGUAGCAAACCUGUCUUCAGCUUUGGCGACUUGGGCAAUGCCAAUAAAGGAUUCACCUUUGGAUCUAUAGCAAGUGACCAAUCUGGGUUUAACUUCGGUGAUGUCCAAACAAAUCAGCCUGGGUUUCACUUUAGUAACAGUGGUGACGAUACUAGCGGAGACGGCGUGCAUUUAGAAACAAAAAAACCAAUAGACAAGUCCAUUGUGACCAAGAAAGGAGAAGUUGAUUCCAAGGACCUUCCUAAACUUGGAGAUGCCGCAAAUCUUUUAUCCCAAGGAGCUUUUACUUUUCAUUUGGAUAUUCCCAAAGAACCAACAAUGACAUCAGCAAGUAAUAAAGAUCUGAACAAGGACAACCCCGAGGCAGAGGAUGAAGGUGUUGCAUUCAAACCAAUUGUUUCGUUGCCGAGUCGAGUAGAUGUAAAGACUGGAGAAGAAGGUGAGACAACAUUAUUCAGCAGUCAUGCUAAACUAUACCGCUUUACUCAGAGUACUUGGAAAGAACGAGGUGUAGGAGAGAUGAAAAUCUUGUAUGAUCCAACUGGGAAACGCGGUCGUAUAAUCAUGAGACGUGAUCAAGUCCAUAUCUUAUGUGCUAAUCAUUUUAUAUCUAAAGAUAUGAAACUCCAACCGCAAGGUUCAUCUAAUAAAUCUUGGCUGUGGCAUGUCCAGGGUGAUUUUGCUGACAACGAGGCGAAGGAACAGUUAUUUGCUGUUAAAUUUGGAGAUAAGGACACUGCCUUAGCUUUUAAGCGCGCUUUUGAGGAAUGUUUAGAUAAUAAAGUGAGAUUACUGAACGAGGGUGUUUUGGACGACGAAGUGAUUGUGGUUUAUGAAGUUUCUGUGACAGAAGAACAACGUGCUCGAGCUGCAAAGUUCCUGUUACCUCCAAACUUUUACGCUUACGAAAACCAGAAUGAAGACGUUCCUGGGGAAAAGCAAGAUAUCCAGGAAACGUAAGACACAAUUAUCUUUUGCAUAACUUUCUUUAUUAAGGUAUGUUUACAAACUGCGACUUGUCGGGACGUUUAUUUUUCAUCCACAUCGGCAAGACAAAUCGCCGUGUUGAAACGUACCAAUAAGUGUUUGCUCCCAAUCCGAAAUUGUAAUAUUACAGGAAAAAUAGGGAAUGAAUUGUUCAUUACUAGUCCAAGGAGACGAUACUUCAUAUUAUUUUAGAUAAUUUUGAUAUGCAAUGACAAACUAGGAAAUUUGUAUAAUUUCAUGUAAAAUGAACAGAGAAUAUGUGAACGAACACUUGUGUUAAAAAGAAGUCUUUCUUAGUUGGAAUGUUUGUGAUUUAUAGAUGUUGUAUUUAAUAAUUUGUUUGUAAUUAAUUUAUAGAUUAUCAGUUGUCCCUGCCAAACCUGCACCGCAAUCCUUUGUCUUUGGCUCGGCUGGCAUUACAUCUCUCUCUUUCAACGCUCUUGCCAGUAGCCUGGGCUCGAGCCCUGCAUUUAGUAAGUCAUCUCCAAAUAAGGACUUUACCGGGGCUGGUUCACAGUUGUUUGUUCAAGACAAUAAUCAAGAGGACGACGAUCCAGAACGUGAGGUCAGCGGUAUUGAUUUCAAACCAAUUGUCCAACUUGAGAAGAUUGAACAGUCGAGUGGUGAAGAGAAUGAAAUCAACAUUUACACACAACGUACGAAAUUAUAUCGUUAUGAUAAAGAUACUGCUCAAUGGAAAGAACGAGGUGUGGGGAAUUUAAAACUUCUCAAACAUAAAAUAACUGGACAAGUUCGAGUGUUAAUGAGACGAGAUCAAAUUUUCAAAGUUUGUGCUAAUCAUUUCUUGACUGCUGAUAUGGAACUUAAAGCAAACGCAGGUUCAGAUCGUUCAUGGGUGUGGCACACUAAUGCUGACAUAUCUGAUGGAGAACCGAAAGCUGAACAACUUGCAGUUCGAUUUAAGAAUGCCGAAAUUGCACAAGAAUUUAAAGACAAGUUUGACAUGUGUAAAGAAGAGCUUGCGAGUUCUACUGCGAGUGGAGGAAGAAAUGAAGACGUAAAGGAGCACAACUUUAGCGUGGAUGCAACUGUCAGCAAUGACGCCUUAGAUACAAUUCUGAAGACACAAGAAGACAAAAGUGCUUCUCCUGGAAACGUUGACAGUACUACGGACGAUACAUUGGAUAAUAAGGGAACUCCGAGGAAUGUAGGAGAUAAUGAAGAGGAACAACGUGAAGCGUCACAGUCUCCUGGUGAAACAUCCAGUACCUUGGACGACGAGCAGACUAGUGACAGGAAACAACUAGUUGCAGGACUAAAGUCUUUACCUCUCAGCAGCUCUUCAAAGACACCAUCAAAAGAUUCACCACCAGAACAAGCCAAAGGAUCUUCAAGUAGCCAACGUAAAACAAGAACUUCCAGUUCUUCAGCGAAAUCAUUCUCAAGAGAAAUUCUUAGCAAUAUCGACCAACCCAGUCCGAGUACUGAACCUGUUAUGAGAGUAAACUUCAACUUCCAUUCUAUCGUUGCUGGUAAAGCCAUAUACACUGGGCUGAAAGAAGAGAAAGUUAACCCUCCAGACACAAAUAAAGAUGCAGAUAAAACUGAAAUCGUGAAAGAGCUCUUUCCUGACACAGAAGACAAAAAUAUUGGUAAAACAGAACGUGCAGUCGAGAAUGAAGAACCUGAAGGUGAUGCAGAAUCAAGUUCUGUUGUGGACGGUGGUGGUCCUGUUUUUACGUUUGGUUCCGGCGAUAUUUCAACACUAUCAUUUGCUUCUCUUGCUAACCAGUCAUGUGGUUUCACCAGUCAACCUAACGAGAAUAAAGGAUUUGUAGGUGGUGGUGGACAGCUAUUUAGUUCAAAUGAUGAAGAUGACCCUGAAAGAGAAGUUGAAGGAACUGAUUUCAAACCUAUUGUUUCAUUACCUGACAUUGUUGAACAGAAAACUGGAGAGGAAGAUGAAACUGUUGUUUACACUCAUCGUGCUAAAUUAUAUCGAUAUGACUUGGAUACAAAACAAUGGAAGGAACGUGGUGUUGGGGAUAUCAAAAUUUUACUUCAUAAUGAAACAAAGCGAUGUCGAGUGGUGAUGAGAAGAGCGCAGAUUCACAAACUUUGUGCCAAUCAUUAUAUGACAGCUGGUAUGGAACUGAAGGAGAAUGAAGGAUCAGAUCGAUCAUGGGUGUGGUCAGUGGACGCAGACUUUUCUGAUGGUGUUGCAAAGAACGAACUUCUCGCUGUUCGAUUUAAACAUCGCGAAGAUGCUGUGAUGUUUCGUGAUAAAUUUAUUGAAUGUCAAAAGAAGAAGGAAAUAAAAGCAAGUGAAUCAACAAGUAUUGAAGAAAGACCAAGCAAUGAAGUUGAUGAAGUUGUAAUUGUCUUCGAGAAAGUUCCAUCCCCGGAACAGAAGGAGCAAGCACAACUUUAUAAAUUGCCAGAAACAUUUUAUUGUUUUGAACAAGAUUCAGGAGACGAAGUUGAAACGAGCAGUGAUGAAGAUGAUGCCGUGGACGUUACUACACAAUCACAAGAAAGGUAAUUUUGAAGUAAUGUAUUUCAUGAGUUGAAUUCUUUAGAAUGUUGUUUUAAAAAACUUGUACAAAUUAAUGAUGUUCAUCAGAUAGUCUGAACAGCCCCUUUUAUUUUGCGAUUUCACUUGAAAAGAAUUUCCAGCAAAAGAAUAUAGGCUGGUCAAAACGUGGAUCAGUAAAAAUUUCCAGUUUACGACAAUAAACGUUACUAAAUGAAACAUUUUACACUUCAUAGUUCAUUGCAAAAAGGCAGUAUGUAUAGUACUUACUCAGUAAAUGCUCACAUUGAAUUUGGCCGUUUUCAGCGUUCCGGAAAAAGAUGACAGCUCUCCAGAAAAUGAAGAAACCACUCCAAUAUUCCAGUUUGGAUCGAAGGAAACGUCCACACUGUCAUUUUCUGAGCUGGCUCAACAAACAUCAGGUUUUCCAACGACACGCGAGGGAACGUGGAAAGGAUUUCUAGGUGGUGGUGGACAGCUAUUCAGUUCAAAUGAUGAAGAUGACCCUGAAAGAGAAGUUGAAGGAACUGAUUUCAAACCUAUUGUUUCAUUACCUGACAUUGCUGAACAGAAAACUGGAGAGGAAGAUGAAACUGUUGUUUACACUCAUCGUGCUAAAUUAUUUCGAUAUGACUUCGAUACAAAACAAUGGAAGGAACGUGGUGUUGGGGAUAUCAAAAUUUUACUUCAUAAUGAAACAAAGCGAUGUCGAGUAGUGAUGAGAAGAGAGCAGAUUCACAAACUCUGUGCCAAUCAUUAUAUAACAGCUGGUAUGGAACUGAAGGAGAAUGAAGGAUCAGAUCGAUCAUGGGUGUGGUCAGUGGACGCAGAUUUUGCAGAUGGUGGCCAAAAGAACGAACUUCUCGCUGUUCGAUUUAAACAUCGUGAAGAUGCUGUGAUGUUUCGUGAUAAAUUUAUUGGAUGUCAAGAGAAGAAUGAAAUAAAAGCAAAUGAAUCAACAAGUGUUGAAGAAAAACUAAGUGAUGAUGUUGACGAAGUUGUAAUUAUCUUUGAGAAAGUUCCAUCCCCAGAACAAAAAGAGCGAGCACAACUUUAUGAAUUGCCAGAAACAUUUUAUUGUUUUGAACAAGAUUUAGGAGACGAAGUUGAAACGAGCAGUGAUGAAGAUGAUGCCGUGGACGUUACUACACAAUCACAAGAAAGGUAGAACUAUUAUUUCUGUCGUUUUUCCGAGCUACAAAAUCAUAUUUGAUCGAAUAUGGGUGUGCACCUCAACCAAAUUUAAAUUUCGACCAAAAGCGGAUUUAGUCAGAAGGGAAUCCGGUUGGUCACUUGUUAAACGUCUCCUGCUGGAUUGGUAGAGGCAUAUAAUUGUUAAUGGAACGCACCCUGUAUUUAAAGAUUAAAUUUUAUGAAGUCUUGCCGUUUCAACUUUAGACAAGGGAAAAUCAGCUUUAGCCGAACAUGUAUGUUACACCAAACACGAGGUUGCGUGGGAAAACUCUAAAGUAAUUACCACAAACAAUCGCUAUAGUCAAAUACUUUGCCUAGAAGCGUGGCAUAUAAAUAUGAGUAAUCAUGCUUUGAAUAGGGAUGACGGUGCCUAUUUGCCAGAGGAAUAUAUGCAUCUCAUUGGCAGGUGACGUCAUCCCUUGGGUAUUUAAGAAGCCACGAUUGCAUCUUUAGAUCACCCCUGAUGAAGACACUAGACUGGAGUGUCGAAACAUUGGGUCUUGAUUACAAUUCGACUGGGCUUUGUAAUCAUUUAUUUAAACCAGAGUAGCGAGCGAAACAUGAUUGAUAUACCUGGUUGCAGUGAACGAACAAACUUUAAGUCUUGACAUACUAGCAUCUUUAUUAGCCCUUUUAUGUAUGUAACAAAUAUUUCAUCAGUGUUCUCGAGAAGUAAAUCUGUUAUCCUUUUUUCCAAAUAAAACUGAGUUAUCCGGUUCCAACUAUGCCCAGUUAAAAGUUCCGAUCAGAACCAAGUUCAGGUGCAUCCCUAUAAUCGAACAAGACAUACUUCCCGAGACCCUGUUUGAAACCGAAAAAAAAAAUUAUCAUAGAAUUGUCAACAAAAUUAUCAUGUUAUUUCUGGAAGGUAAGCUUUUUUUACAACUUGCUGCUGUGCUGGUGCAGAGAUAGCAAAAACCGUCCAGGAGCAGGAAUACUGGCGACUCCUGAAUAAUUGAUGUUGGAAAACAAACAAAGACUAAGUUACUGAAUACUGUACAAAAGUUUUAUAGCGACUGAAAUGUUACGGUUUUGUUGAUUGUGCAUGGCAGUUACGGUAACUCUACAGCAACGAAUUACGUAGUGCUAUGCUCAAAUGCUACACCAGAACUGCGAACCGCAGGUUCAAAUCAGAACCAAUAUUUUCAUGCAUUUUUCUUAGCUGCUCUCUGUAGGUUUAAUGUGAACCUCCCAUGUUCGUGUUUACCUUCCACGAAAGAUGAUUACAAUAAAACACGUGCUUGUUUUGGGGACUUUCCUCUGUACCGGCUCCAAUUGAAUGUAAACAAUUGUACCGUCGAUUGCAAAGGAUAAUAUUAUGCCAUCUCAAUUAUAGUCCAGUCUUUGUUUACAUCGAAAAUAUUUUUUUCAGCGUUCCGGAAAAAGACGACAGCUCUCUAGAAAAUGAAGAAAACACUCCAAUAUUCCAGUUUGGGUCGAAGGAAACGUCCACACUGUCAUUUGCUGAACUGGCUGAACAAACAUCAGGUUUUCCAACGACAAGCGAGGGAACGUGGAAAGGAUUUCUAGGUGGUGGUGGACAGCUAUUUAGUUCAAAUGAUGAAGAUGACCCCGAAAGAGAAGUUGAAGGAGCUGAUUUCAAACCUAUUGUUUCAUUACCUGACAUUGUUGAACAGAAAACUGGAGAGGAAGAUGAAACUGUUGUUUACACUCAUCGUGCUAAAUUAUAUCGAUAUGACUCGGAUACAAAACAAUGGAAGGAACGUGGUGUUGGGGAUAUCAAAAUUUUACUUCAUAAUGAAACAAAGCGAUGUCGAGUAGUAAUGAGAAGAGAGCAGAUUCACAAACUUUGUGCCAAUCAUUAUAUAACAGCUGGUAUGGAACUGAAGGAGAAUGAAGGAUCAGAUCGAUCAUGGGUGUGGUCAGUGGACGCAGACUUUUCUGAUGGUGUGGCAAAGAACGAACUUCUCGCUGUUCGAUUUAAACAUCGUGAAGAUGCUCUGAUGUUUCGUGAUAAAUUUAUUGAAUGUCAAGACAAAAAUGAAAUAAAAGCAAGUGAAUCAACAAGUGUUGAAGAAAAGCCAAGCAAUGAUGUAGAUGAAGUUGUAAUUGUCUUCGAGAAAGUUCCAUCCCCAAAACAGAAGGAGCAAGCACAACUUUAUGAAUUGCCACAAACAUUUUAUUGUUCUGAGGAGGCGGCUAAUGUUAAGUUGGUCGAAGGUGAUAUACAAGAAAAAUCCAAGGAGAAGGGUGCAGGAAAUGUCUCAGAAUCCUUCCAAGAUAAAGAAGAAGAUCGAGGAUACAGCGAUGAUGAGUCAAGUGUUCAGUCGCAAGACUUCAUCACACCACCAGAAAGUUAUCCUGAAGGAGCAGAAUCUGCCAGCCAACCAAGAUAUAAACUCAAUGUUGUCGAUGAAAGGUUUGUAGUUUAGCCAUUAUAAAGUCAACUACAUUUAAGUAAAUGUACAUUAUGAAAAUAAGCGUUCGAAAUUGGGAAGUAAUCUUUGAAAUUUUUGAAAGCUUGCUCUGCGUACCAUAUUUAAAUAGAUGUGAUCAAACGUUACCUACUUACUAAUUUUGAGAUGCUACUUCCAUUGGUUCCCUAUAUUACCUUUCUAACAUGCGGUCCCAGUCUCUUUAUUAAUUUCGCCAUGCCAUGUGUCCCAUUCAACGACUGCAAUAUCUUCGACAUUCCCACCGUGCUCAAGGCAAACUUUUCAGCUUGCCCGGUGUGGAUGCGCACUCAGAGUAACACCGCAAACAUAAUCUGAUCUCAACACAAUUUCUCGUGGAAACAAUCAUAUCCCCCCAUUCCCACUUUUGAGAGGUUCAGAUUUGAUUUCCUCUACCACUACUGAUUGGUUAAUUGGAUAUAUCAAACGCAUCUGAUUGGUUAAUUGGAUAUAACGGAUCUGAUUCUGACUCGUCCCCAGUCGUUUCUGUGUUACUCUGUUUAAAGCGCGGGCGGAAUACUCUGUUUCAAGCGCUUAAGCGCGGGCGGAAGCAGGAAAGAUGGCGGUGGAAGCAGAAAAGAUGCCCUUGCUACCUUUCCUGCUUCCGCCCGCGCUUGAAACACAGAGACGACUGGGGACGAGUCAGCAUCUGAUUGGUUAAUGAUCUCUUUAAAUGGCAGCAGUAGUAGAAGUCAAAUCUGAAUCUCUCUGAUGUCGAUUUCACAACAUUAGGAAAUAAUGUAGUCGCAUUCUUGAAUGUUUUUUACGCGAAAACAAAACGUUAUUUUGGACCAGAGGAGGUAUGCGCGGUUUAGGCAGUUACUCCAGGUUUAUUCCAUUUCUUCUGAUUCUAACACGUCAAGUAUUUUAGCCGCCAUUUCAAACCAUUAUUUGUUGAAACCGUACCUCGCACUUUUUAUUAGACAGCUUUAAAUUUGACUGUGAAUGCACACGUAAAAAUCGUUCACAACAGGCAUUACAGGCUUGUAACAAACUUGUCAACAAGUUGUAACAAUGUUGUUAUUUUAUCAAGUUGCUACAAGGUUGUCACUCCCAGCUUGUUGACAAGGAGCUGUUGAGCUCAACAAGCCGCUGACAACUUGUCAACAAGCAGUGCGAACACAUCCUGUUGACAAGUUGUUGGAACAGCAUGGCUACAAGUGCUGCAGGCAUGUUACAACUUGUGCGUGUUGUGUACUUGGCUGUCUCGCCAUAUUUUUCAGUUGUCAUCACUAGCAAGCAGGCAGUAACGAUAGUAAAGUAUGGCAUAGAACGGUUUAUGGCGUUGGUAACCAGGAAAUGAAGAAUUUUGUACUCGUACUCAAAUCCCAAGUGCUCUAUCUCUAUUGUCUUGCUGUGUAUUUUUACUAAAGAUACGUAAACAUUUGAUUUUAGUCCAUCAGAUGUGCCAGACGACAGCAUCCUAACACUACAAGACAGUUCUUCCACAACCACUUAUGCACAUUCCUUCGUGUUUGGCUCGCAAGACAUCUCAUCAUUAUCAUUCAGUGCGCUAGCUGGUAAAACCGCUGGAUUCAAGUCAUCUCCAAAUAAGGAAUUUACUGGAGCUGGUUCACAGUUGUUUGUUCAAGAAAAUACUCAAGAGGACGACGAUCCAGAACGUGAGGUCAGCAGUAUUGAUUUCAAACCAAUUGUCCAACUUGAGAAGAUUGAACAGUCGAGUGGUGAAGAGAAUGAAAUCAACAUUUACACACAACGUACGAAAUUAUAUCGUUAUGAUAAAGAUACUGCUCAAUGGAAAGAACGAGGUGUGGGGAAUUUAAAACUUCUCAAACAUAAAAUAACUGGACAAGUUCGAGUGUUAAUGAGACGAGAUCAAAUUUUCAAAGUUUGUGCUAAUCAUUUCUUGACUGCUGAUAUGGAACUUAAAGCAAACGCAGGUUCAGAUCGUUCAUGGGUGUGGCACACUAACGCUGACAUAUCUGAUGGAGAACCGAAAGCUGAACAACUUGCAGUUCGAUUUAAGAAUGCCGAAAUUGCACAAGAAUUUAAAGACAAGUUUGACAUGUGUAAAGAAGAGUUGAAAAACAUCCAAAGAAAAGAUGAUGAUAAUGCCGACGAGAAACAAAGGUAGUUGAAAAUUUUCACAAACUUAUAGUAGUUUCAUUAUUUAUAGUUAUCUUUCUUUUGAUAAACUUAUAUCAGUUUUCUAAUACCUAGCUAUUUUUCUUUUGACAACUUAGUAUUGUAAUAUCUGGUUACUUCACAGUAUUAUUAGUAUUGAACUUUCUCGUACUUCGUAUAAAUAAAUGUAUAUCUCAUUACUGGAAUGUCUAAGAAAAUAUUAUCUGGAAUUUUGUCUCUAAGAAAAAAAUUUAUCUGGAAUUUUGUCACGGACCUUUUAUACUUUUUGAUAUGUUCUUAACCCUAUUGGUGAGGAUUUCUUACUAACAAAUAAAUACGCUUGGCCUUACCCAGAUGAACGCCGCUGUUAUGAUACUGUCCAGCGUGUAUCGUCCAAAACAUCGUCUUUUCACAGCGCUGUCAUUAGAACACUGUCGCGAAGUUUGGUGACGGUCUUCUGUAUCUUGACUAGAUCCUCCUAGGUCUUCUGUAUCUUGACUAGAUCCUCCUAGGUCUUCUGUAUCUUGACUAGAUCCUCCUAGGUCUUCUGUAUCUUGACUAGAUCCUCCUUGGUCUUCUGUUUCUUGACUAGUCCUCCUAUGUGAUUUAUCUGCAUAGUUCAAACAGCGAGUUACAGUUAUACUUUCAAAUAAUUUGAAUGCUCUCUCACAAAGGGCUCUUGCUUGAAACAUCGUCAUUGGAUAUUUCUUUUUUGACUCUUGUUCUGUUUGUGAAAUGAGUACGCAGAGUUCGUACAAAGAGAUCUUACUUUCGAACAAAGCUAAAUACUCUCUGUUCAAGGCCUUUGCGCGAAACAUCAGACGUUCUUCCUUAUGUUCAUACACAGAAUGUCAAUAUUUUUCGUCUUGAUAGCGGGCUUGAAAUUGGCUAUAUAUAUACAUUUUCAGUAUCCAGUGCAAUUAUUGGCAUAGCAUAUGCCUGGUAAUGGCCAUGGUUUUAUACUUCGGAUCUGGAAAAAAAUUAUGGCUUCUUGGUUGCACUAUACGUUUCACGUGAACUGCACUACCUGCACAUCAAUCUGAUGAAUUUGUUAACCUCUUUUUGUAUAGUGUGUACGAGACUAAGCUUGGUGCUUUUAGAUUAACCGCAAACGAAAAUAGUGAUACAACUUGUACGUCUAUGCUGAACGUUACUUUGAAGAAAGAAAAGUCGGUUUUACCAAUUACGGCAGAGCUUUACAGCAGUAGUGUAGCAGGUCACGGAGAUGUGAUGGACAAACCAGAAAGAGAAUUUCAGAAAUCCGAAGGAAAUGGGAAGAAGUUAUUGGCGACCCUUCAUACAAGAGAAACACGCCAAAUAUCAUCUCCAAUAUCUCGGUUCUACACAGAGUACCUUCCUCGUUUGGCAAAGCAAUAUCUUGAAGAAAGCAAUCGUGAUAUACAAGCGCUCUUUGGUCGAGAUGCUGAAGUCUACUUCUUUGACGAGCAGCAAGAUGAUUGGCGUGAGAGAGGAUAUGGCACUCUACAGAUAUUACACUAUGACAACGAGUACCACAUAUUUAUGUCAGAUCAAGCCAGAAUAUGCGUAGCUCAUCAGAUCACUCCCUCGAUGGAUCUGAAGCCUAAUGCAGGAUCUGAUCGUUCCUGGGUGUGGUUUACCUUGGCAGAUCACAGCGAUGUUGAAGUUGUUGAGCGUGAACUUGCAGCUGAGUUCCAAUCUGUUGAACAUUCGUUUGAAUUCAAGAAAAUAUUUGAUCAAUGUCGUGAUUCCUGUGGUGUCCCUCAUGAAGGUCAUGUACACGCUAUGGCUGCAAGUUUUGACUCAAACGCACACAAACUACCAUCACAUCAUGGUGUGACCCCUCUGGCUGAAGGCUUUGACUCACACAAACUACCAUCACAUCAUGGUAUGAACCCUCUGGCUGAAGGCUUUGACUCACACAAACUACCAUCACAUCAUGGUGUGACCCCUCUGGCUGAAGGCUUUGACUCACACAAAGUAGCAUCACAUCAUGGUAUGAACCCUCUGGCUGAAGGCUUUGACUCGCACAAACUACCAUCACAUCAUGGUGUGACCCCUCUGGCUGAAGGCUUUGACUCGCACAAAGUAGCAUCACAUCAUGGUAUGAACCCUCUGGCUGAAGGCUUUGACUCACACAAACUACCAUCACAUGAUGUGACCUCUCCGAAGGCUGGUCUCUGGCGCAUUUGUACUAGUUGUAAAGUUGAGAAUAGUGUGGAAAAUACGUCGUGCCUCGUAUGCGGUAAGCAUUUUACGGCGGGAGAUCUUCCAGUAGUAGAGUCCAUAAAACCUCGAAAUGAAAUCAAGCCAUCCUCUGCACGUAAGUUCAAGAAGCCAAUACCAACUCCCAAAGAUAUUGUAGCAAGAGAGGCAACAGUUAAACAAGAGAAAUACAAGCCAGUCACUCAUUGGUGGAAGUGUAUGACCUGUGGUGUGGUAAACAACAUGCAAAAUUCACAUUGUCUUGUGUGCUCUAGUCCUAAACGUCCUGAAAUAUUGAGUUGUUCUCCUGAAAUUACUGCGAUGUUGGAUGAGAUCUCGAAGAAAUGAUGUAGAUUGCUAACACAUGUUGUGAGAUCAGACAUUUUCCAUUGUGUUUCCAUUGUGUAAUAAUUGUAUAACCUUUUGGAACGUAUUGCGGUAGGUUUAGUAUUGUUGUGUUGUAAAAUAUUGAUUACUUUUUAGUCAUAAACUAUAGCUGUGUGAUUCGUGUGUACUCGUAAUGUACGUGUGUUAAGUAUAUAUGCUGUACCUUCACGAGGCAAUAAUUGCUGCAACUUACAAUGCCAUUUCGGAUUCAGAGCCAUCUAAACUGUAGUCAAAGAUAAUUUGUUCUUUUUCUACAAAGUUUUUAAAUACAGG